AUGAGACCCAGUUCGGUUCUUCUGUUGCUAUUCCUAUGCUCCCUGUUCCUCGCGUCCGAGUCGAAGUUACGGCAACAGGCCGCGGUGGAUGAUGACGACGACGAUGACGAUGAUUGGGACGACGACGACGACGACGACGACGACGAUGAUUACCAACCAAAGCCAGAGGUCGACGACGACGGACGUAUCUACAAAAAUCCACGCAACUCACCGUCGGCUAUGUGUCCAAGGGACGAACAAGAGGCAAUGCUGCUUGGCCAGAAGUGUCUGAGAAAGUGCUCCACGGAUGAGGACUGCAAGAGCAAGAAGAAGAAGUGCAGAUGCGACGGUGCCUGCGGGAUGUCUUGUAUCAAGCCAGAGAGGGAAUGUCCAGCUCUGAAUGAUAUCCCACACGGUGUCUUGACGGUGACACGGAGAUUCUUUGGGGAUCGAGCGCAUUACACCUGCGAUCCUGAUUAUUUCACUGUCGGUCUUGCCGUGAUAACUUGUAGGGCAGACGGUCACUGGACUGGCACCAAUCCGUCGUGCAAGAAGGAUCAGAGCUCCUUUUGCUCCCAACCGCCAAAAGUGAAGAACGCGCGGCAUAACGCUCUUGCUGAACAAACGACCUUUGAUCUGGACAGCGUUGUUCAGUAUUUUUGCAAUCAUGGAUACGUAACCGCCGGGGCAAAGAAGGCCAAGUGCCUGUUGAUGGAGGGUGCCGCGAGUUGGUUCGGGCCGGAUAUCACCUGUGAGCCGCAGAACUGCGGACCACCGGCGGACAUCGCGAACGGAUGGCACGCCGGCGAGUGUUAUACAUACGAAUGCCAUGUAUCAUAUCACUGCGCGGACAGCUACGAAUUAGUUGGCAAAGCCGAAAAGCUCUGCUUGGCAGACGGCACAUGGACCCCGAAGGAAUCACCACAAUGCGUCCAAGUUACCACGGUGCAAUGCCCCAGACCGGAAAACCCUGAAAACGGGAAGGCGGUGUUCACCUCGUAUGCAUACAAUUCCAUCGUGCAUUACGAAUGCGACUACGGGUACACGGUGGUUGGCGCGGGGACGAGGAGGUGCGGAGCUGACAGAAAAUGGGCUGGAAAGAUGCCCACUUGCCAGGAGAUUAAUUGCGGUUCACCUGGCGUUCUCUAUAACGGCUGGAUUGAUAAUAUCGACGCUGGCACGGGUUUAGGCGCAAGCAUAAUUUUCCGGUGCAAGGAUCACAUGAAGCUCGAGGGAAAUACCUCGUCCGUCUGCCAGGCCGAUGGGAAAUGGCGUUACCCGUUGCCGCAAUGCCUAGCGCCGUGCGUGGUCCCGCAAAUUGAAAACGGUAACAUCACCGUGGCCAGCCACGAGAAUGAUCACAUCAACAACGUCACCGUCGUGGAGCACGGCGAACGACUGUUGGUGUCCUGCGUGCAGAAUUACGAGUUCGCCGCGAACAGCACGCCAGUGAUGUGUAACAACGGUACCUGGUCGAUAGUUCCCAGUUGUUCACCGGCUAGGUGCAAGCAAAUGCCCAAACCACCGAGAAACGGGAUGGUGAUAGCGCCCAAGACCGAUCACGGGAUGAAGGCUGUCUUUAAGUGCAAGGACGGUUUCGAGCUAAUCGGUGGUGGCCCGUUGAACAACUCCAGAUCGGUGGAAUGCCAGUACGGGAACUGGACAGGCGAUAUUCCACACUGCAGCCAGGUGUUUUGCCCCUUUCCUGGAUUCAUCGAGAACGGGAAAGUGUUCCUGGUGGGCAACAUGGGCGUCUAUGAUUAUAGACCGUACGUGAAGAAGGUCGUCAACAACAAGCAGAUCAUGUACGACUGUGACAAGGGUUACGUAUUGGAUGAGGGACCGACUGGAGCUACAUGCAUCGGGGGAAACUGGAGCCCCAAGGACCUGCCUAAGUGUAUACCUGGACAACACCCUAGGCUGCGGUGGAGCAGACGUCGAAGAUCUGUUAGCGACGAGGAUCUCACCAUGAGUUACAGCUUGACUUCCUUCUUGACUACUGAACGGCCCACUUCUUCUUUCAGAAAAUUCAUCGAGCUCUUCCGGAAGAUCGGCAAGAAGCUUCUGCACUUGGAAAUGAACAAAGGCAAAGAUCACGGGAAGCACAAAGCCGAGAAGAUCGAUAACUCCACGCGUCACGACAAUUCCACGGAGGGUCUGUCAUUGAAGAAGCAUUCCGGCCACGGGAAUCGUUCGAAGCUUCGCGAGGAGAAGAUGAUCGACUUCCUGAAGAUCGUCUACCGUAAGCUGCAGCGUAUCGACGCCAGACAGUCGAGCAACACCACGAACGGUAGCAUGCACGACCUUCUAAACGCGAUGAGCAAGAACUUCUUCCACGUGGACCUGUCAGAGUCCCGUCGAAACAAUUCGAGCCGAGGAAGAACGGAGUUCGAGAUCCAUAAUCAAAGGGAAUUCAUCAAGCUGAAGCGGGAGUUCGAGAAGAUCAUGAGGUUCUAUAACAAAUCGAUGCGCUGGAACGAGAAACAAAAUCGCAAGGAUUCGAAGAGGAAGGGCCAAUCCCACGGCGACAGCAGGGGUAAAAAGUCAAAGGACAAGAAGAAGCACAGGAAGAACUACUACAAAGGCUUCUACGAGUUCGUGAACAGCUACGUCACCGAGAAGCUGUCCAUGAUGGAGGCUCGAAACGCAACGGAGGAGCUGAUCAAGAGGAUGAAGAUCGACAAGUUCACCGUACGGAACGGGACCACGUUCACCGUGGGCGAGAUGUACGCGUUCUUCAAACAUAUCAUAGAGGCUAAACUGAACAGCACGGAGGACGAAUCGUCCGAGGCUACGACCGCGACAUCUUCGUCGACGUCGGUGAGUGCAGCUACGUCGUCGAGCACUUCCACGACCAGCACCACAAGCACCACAAGCACCACGCUAGCAACGCCCAGAGAUCUCGAGGCUCACGACAAUCGAUCCUCGACGAACCCAAGUAAAGAGUCCUCGGUCCUGGACAACGAGAUCCUAGCGAAAGAGGGACAGCCUAAGCACCGUAGCAAGCGGAUACGCAACGCGUCGGAGGACGCUGGUCCUCCCCGUCAAAAACGACGACUCCUGUCGCUAAAUCAUCAGCCACUAAUCAAGAAUGAAAGCUCAUCGAGGCGCGUACGUCGCGCCGCGAAACGAUCGAGGCAGGCGGCCUACGACGAGGAGAAGAACAGGCUGUUCACGUUCAGAGAGCUGGAAGCCCAACAGCAGAGCCGCUCGAAACGUUUCCUGCCACUGUACGAGCUCGAUAAUCAAAUAUUUCUAAAGAAUCUGUAUCUGAACGCGUACGAGGACGGCUACCGGACGAACGUGAAACGAUCGAUCGUCCAAGAGGACCGCGUCAACGAAACGUCCACAGGCGGGACCGUCUACAGGAGACGCAAGGGGAACCUCGGCGCGUACGAGAUCAAGUGA